UAAAAGAGGACAACGGGUUGGUUUAGCAGCUCUCCAGGUUGGGUGCCAAUAAACAAAAAGAAGUUGAUAAACCUCAGAAACCUCUCUCAUCAGUUGGCCAUUGUUUUUCGUGGAACAAAUACUUGAGAAGGUGGAUUGAUUGAGCAGGGAAAAGGAUGAGCAAGGCUUGCAGUCUCUUCCAAUUGUGGCAGACCCCUAACAGAUUACCACUCACACUCUCCAAAAUUUCAAAAGGUCCGCACUUGAUACCGAGUGCCAGAAAUUCUCCGGUUCUGUGCUUCUGCAAGGAAAUACAAACUAGCACAUACGAAGUUGUCAAGGGAAGCUAUGUACCGUCAGCCGUUGUAAAACCGGAAAGCAGGCCGAAGGAAAAAUCUCCUGAAAAUCUUGAAGAUGUUGGUGCAUUCCAAAAGCUACCCAUGGUGAUGCCAUCUGUUGACAUUCUGUAUUCGGCACUAAGGAAGGCUAAGAGGAUUACACCAACAAAGGGUAUUGCCAAUAUUGCAAAGCGAGAAAGAAAUAGAGGUGCAAAGCAACUUGAUGCAUUGAUGAAAGAACUGGCAAUUCCAUUGAGAACUUAUUCGGAGAAUUUUCCAAAUAAAAAGUGUCUUCACCCUUAUGAACGGUCUCUUAUUGAAUUAACUCUUGGGGAUGGAAAUUAUGAACAGGUGUUGGGAAAGGUGGAUGCUUUGAGGAAGAAGGUUGUGUCUAUUGGAAAGGAACAUGCAUCUCUUUGUGCUAAGUCAACGACGAAGAAGGAAGCAGAGGCAAGACUAACUGAGGGUAUAAAGAAAGUUGAAGAGACAUUUAAUCGUGAAGGAAAACAUGUUGAUGAUUUGUUACACAUAGCCAAGACUCUGCGAGCAAUGCCGGUAGUUGAUCUAGAAGCACCAACACUUUGUCUUGUUGGAGCUCCUAAUGUUGGGAAGUCAUCUUUGGUUCGUAUACUCUCCACUGGGAAGCCUGAGGUCUGCAACUACCCGUUCACAACAAGAGGAAUACUGAUGGGUCAUAUUAUAUCAAACCAUCAAACUUUUCAGGUGACAGACACUCCUGGCCUGCUGAAGAGAUGUGAUGAGGACAGAAAUAAUUUGGAAAAAUUGACACUUGCUGUCCUCUCACAUUUACCGACUGCAAUUCUCUAUGUCCAUGACCUCUCUGGGGAAUGCGGGACCUCACCUUCUGACCAGUUUGUCAUAUACAAAGAAAUAAAGGAGAGGUUUGGUGAGCAUUUGUGGCUUGAUGUUGUGUCCAAAUGUGAUCUGUUGCAAAAGUCUCCUGUGCUAUUUGCCACUGAUAAUGGUUAUGAUUCUGAUCUUAAGCUGGAAAGGUACCGGAAAUUGGGUCCCGAUGGAGCUAUUCAUGUGUCAGUGACGAAUGAAGUAGGGCUCACCGAGUUGAAGAUUAGAGUUCAUGAGAUGCUAGAUUCACAGAUGACGAGGAUCCAAGUUCAAGAAAGCAACCAAGAAAAUCUUGAAGUUGGUACUUGAGAGAAAAUUCUGAAGUUGAAAAUUAUCGGUGGUUGCUUCUCGUGGAGUGACAAUUCGUUUACGAAUGUGAGCCAUCCCCAAGAAGGAGAAGCAAAUUGUCAGUAUUCUGCUUCCGAACAAGCGAAGUCUGAAGACCUGCAGCAUCCAAGGCAAGUGCUUGUAUAUAUACACACACACUGCUGACUUUUCGGAUUGUUUGGUCCACUUGUGAUCGUGAUGAUCUAUUUAGGCAGCCAAGAUGAUUCGGAGAAGCUGAGUUAAAUUCCUUGAACACGUAUGUUAGAAAGGAGUACUGAAACGCUACACAUUUUCUUGGACAGCAACUAAGAACAUGUUAGUACGAAAGCUCGGUUUAUUUAUCAGUUUUGCUAACUUAUCUUUCGUGUACAUGAUAAAUUACAUGUAAGUCUCGCCAGCUUAAUUGUUAACUCCUGUUUUAAUAUUGUCGUACGGAUUAUAUGUAAUUUCCGAAUUGGGUUUUCCUUGCUAAGGAAAUAUAGUUGGACGACGCUUUUGCACUCAAAAA